ACAUUUAGUAGCUUAAACCAAUCCCCAUAUAUUAUCUCACAGUUUCCAUGGGUCAGGACUCUGGGCAUGGCUUAGCUGGUUCUCUGCUCAGGAUCUCAGAAGGCUGCAGUCAAGGUGUUGGCCUGGCUGUGUUCUCAUUUGGAGGUGUGAGUGGGGAAGAAUCCACUUCUAAGCUCAUUCAGGUUGUUGGCAGAAUUCAUUUCUUGUAGCUGUAGGGCUGAUGUCCCUGUUUCCUUGCUGGCUGUCACUUGGCAGCCAGCUCUCAGCUCCUAGAGGCCCCUGCAGUUCCUUGCCAUGUGGCUCCCUCAUAGGCCCUGUUAUCAAAUGGCAGCUCACUUCUUAAAAGCCAGAAAGGAAGUCUCUCCAUCUCUAGUCUGCUGAGAUGGAGUCUUAUAUAGCAUACCUUAUAUAGCAUUUGAUUAAGGGAGUGACAUCCUGUUACUCGAAUCAUAUUCUGUUGGCUAGAAGCAAGUCACAGGUUCUGCCUGCUCUCAGGAGGAGGGGAUUAUACAAAGAUGUGACCCUUUGAGAGUCAUCUUAGAAUUCUGCCCAUGACAGUGCAUUUCUGGUUAUUCCACUGGCUUCUGUUCCCAAUAAAUCUGAGCAUUUGAGUCCUAAGAAGACCGAUGAGAGCAGUCCCAGUUAAGAAAUAAAAACAAUCAUCUGGAAAACGGGAAGUAGAUGGUUUUCUUCUCUCAGUAGGUAGAAAAUAGGAGAAAAAAGUAGUGUUUGUAGGUUCACAAUAUUGAUAGGAAGGAGUUACAUAAAAACAGUGGUGUGUUUGGGGUGGACCUCCACAGGAAUCUCACAGGAUCCUCUGGCUAGACACAGUCAUUUUUUAUCCGGAUGUCUUAGCAUUGGCUGAUCUCUCUGGCGUGACAUAUGGCAGGAACAUGCUUUGAGGGACAAGUCUCCUGGAGAGUACACUGCAGCACACAAACUAGACAGAUGGUGGCUUAUUCAACCUUGGAUAGGAGUGUAAUCCUACACGUUGGCAGGCUGGGUGCUGAGAGGUGCUUGUGGUAUCUGAGGCAGAGCUGACUGAGUUUACCUGAAACUACUUUGUAAGGCACGAGGCGGUCACCUGAUGUGACCUGGAAUGGUGUGAUGCACACAGAGUAUACUCAUCAAGCUGGGAUGAGGAUGCUGGUGACAGAUUGUGUGAACUGGAACUGGACAAAGUCUGGAGCAUCAAAUGGGAGGACAUUCUACCAGCAGGGUGGAGGGCAGGUGUAAAGACAGCAUUGCAGACACAAUCAUGGAUGUCAUCACGCUAGUGAGGUCUUCACUAAGCAGGGGUCAGUAUUCCUCUCACAAAAUUAGACAUUUAUUUCAUGGGAGGAAAAAGGUGCCACUGGGCCUGCCUUCUUUUACAGUUAAGGAUUAGGUGGAUCCAUGUGGUUGCAAGAUAAUUUGGAUUGUUAAGAAAGAAAACGGUCUUUUCACAACCAUACUUAAGAUGUCUGUGAUUAAAAAAACCCCCAAAUCCAAUAAGGACAUUGUCCAUUAUUUGUUUGUGGCCUCUCAUUGAAGAAAAGGCCCAGGUGUUUGGAGGAACAAGUGUGUAUCCUUUGAUUAGAAGAUGAGAACUCGGUGCUUCUGUGGCUGCUAGAGAGCUGAUAUGGGGAUUUUGUCCUGAGUUCAGUCAUAUCCCUUACCCCAGAUUUUUUGCUGUAAUCCUCUCUUCCUUCUUUCUAUUAUUUGGUGCUUGUCUUUGUAUUCUUAUUUUAUUCAUUUUGGCAUUUGUGCCUUUUAUUGUGACAGUCCUCAAAUAGUUUUUGGAACUUGGGGAAGGGGAUAGUGCAGUAAGAGAAACCAAGAAAUGGUUCACUGAAAUUAUUUUUUUCUUUUAGCAGUUUAAGCUUUACAUUUCUAACAUCAAACUGCUGUCUCUUGACUGGACCAUUUUCAAGAACUGACAUCAGUUUUCAUACAGCUUAAAAGCUCCUGUGAUUCCUGUCCUGCCUAAUUGCCAGGCUGUGAGGAACAUCAAAUGAAGAAAUACAUGCGAGUCUUCAGGAAAGACAGCAUGAUGUUUGAGAAUCCCCUAUCUUCCUGACUUGCAAGUGGAGAGGCGAAGCACAGGGAACAACGGAUCAGACCAUACUGAACUCCCUUGGAGUGACUGAGAUCCGUGGAGGAUGCUGGCUGCCAAGUGGCUGAGGAGGCCCUCACUCUGAGGUGGGAAAGCGGGUCUCAGCUGGACAGCUUCCUCCACUCCUCGGCUCACCAUGGCCUCCACUCUCUGGCUGGACGGCUGACGUGACCGUGUGCCCCAAGUGUGCACGCUGUGGGACUGGGUGCCGUCCCAGGUACUGCCUGCUCUCAGGGUCUGGGAGCAGGGCAGGUGGGCAUCAGAUGCUACCAAAAGCCGGACAGGGCAGAGCGAUGGACUCCGACAAGCUAAGAUGGAAGUGACCUGAGGCCUCAUCCAGGCGAUUUCCUCUUGACAGGACAGCUUAAGAGUUGGAGCACAGGCUUAUCUGGGGAGCAGUAUGCAGGAAGCUGGUUUUCAGGCCACAAAUGCUUUCACAGAGUGCAAAUUCACCUGCACCAGCGGUAAAUGCUUGUAUCUUGGUUCACUAGUCUGUAACCAACAGAACGACUGUGGGGACAACAGUGAUGAAGAAAACUGUCUCCUGGUAACCGAACAUCCACCUCCAGGCAUCUUCAACUCGGAGCUGGAGUUUGCCCAAAUCAUCAUCAUCAUCGUGGUGGUUACAGUGAUGGUCGUGGUCAUCGUCUGCCUGCUGAAUCACUACAAAGUCUCCACACGGUCCUUCAUCAACCGCCCGAGUCAGAGCAGGAGGCAGGAGGACGGGCUGCAGCCGGAAGGGCGCCUGUGGCCUUCAGACAGCUCUGGACCUCGGCCAGGUGCCUCAGAGAUCAUGUAUGCCCCGCGGUCCAGGGACAGGUUUACUGCCCCGUCCUUUAUCCAGAGGGAUCGGUUCAGCCGCUUCCAGCCCACCUACCCCUAUGUGCAGCAUGAGAUUGACCUUCCUCCUACCAUCUCCCUGUCCGACGGUGAGGAGCCACCUCCUUACCAGGGGCCCUGCACCCUGCAGCUCCGGGACCCUGAACAGCAGAUGGAACUCAACAGAGAGUCUGUGAGGGCCCCACCCAACCGAACCAUAUUUGACAGCGAUUUGAUAGACAUUUCUGUGUACAGUGGGGGCCCGUGCCCACCCAGCAGCAAUUCAGGCGUAAGUGCCAGCACCUGCAGCAGUAACGGGAGAAUGGAGGGGCCCCCCCCGACGUACAGCGAGGUGAUGGGCCACUACCCGGGCGCCUCUUUCUUCCACCACCAGCACAGCAGCGCGCACAGGGGGAGCAGACUGCCGUUUCAGCAGGACAGCUCUGGGAGCACAGUGCUGCCCAUCCAGGGCAAGGACAGGAAGCCUGGGAACCUCGUCUGACCCUCCCGUGUGCAUCUGAGUUGAGGAGGAAGGAAGUGAGGAGGGAGAAGGGCUGCACUGCCCCUCCGCUCCCAAGCACGAUGUUCAGUUUUACGUGCUACAACUAAGUAAAACCAAAUGUGCAAAUGUGGUCUUUGUUUCUGAUUCCUUUCAGGGGAAUUGCAUGCAAACUAGACUGAAAUAAUACAAACUUCCAUUUGGUCUGACCGCAAACAGUGUUUAUUUGGGGGCAGGCAUUGGGACGGGGGAUGGUUUUGGCAAAGGGUGGGCAUGGGAACACAGAGAAAGGGAUGCUUUGAAGAUAUCAUGAAAUAAAACCCACAGAGGUAUUUGAUUUAUUUAAUUAUGAAAGGAGACUUUGAAGAGAAAGAGGCCAGAAUGGCCUGUUUUAUAAUUAACUGAAUAAAGAAGGAAGCAUUAUUAUAUAUUAUCAUGGGGAAGAAUUGGCCAGUUUGCUUUUUCUCCCAAGGUGUGGAACUUUUAUUUUGUUUUAAAAAUAUGAUUCAAAAUUCCUGUUUUGUGUGCCAAGGUAUAAAGUGGAGAAGUUAGAUGAAUGCAAGGAGUUAAUUUGUGUUGUGACGAUGUGUUUUUAAAAGUUGCACUAUCUUAAUGUUUAAAAUAUAUAUGAGGGAACUGUUUUACGUGAAGUUCUGUAUGUUGUCUUUUCACCUGUGGAUUAUUAUCAGGCCCAAGGAAUACCCUGGAGAGUUCCCCAUGAUCAUGCAAGAAAAGAUGUUUGGGGAUGUAGCCUAACAUAUGCCAACUUACAUAAAUCAAAAGAGUCAUUAUUGUUGCAAGAAUUUACAUCAAAUAUCAGUGCAUCACUGAAGCAUUUGGAGACUUUUGGAUGGAAGAUAGGAAAUACUAAAUUCCAGCAUUUCUGACUUGUUGAGUUACUGUGCUAGUCUUAGGCUGCGUAUUUUAUUAAAAAUGAACCCAACACAUGCAUUUAUGUAUCCAGUAUCAUGCAGUGCUGCCCUCGUCCUCCAGCAGUGCAGUUUCUUUAGUAAUUUAGAUUGUUUUCACUCUAGCAUGAAAUAUACUUAGAUACAUGCAUUAUUUUAUGCAAUAAAUUGUUUAAAGUGCAAGGUGGUUAUUUUUAAUACUGUUGAACUAUGUGACUUCUCAGUGUAUUCCUGUUGUCUUUCUCCUUUCCUAGAUAGUUCAGUUCAGUCCUGGAUGGCAGGUCAGUGCAUGAGAGGCUCUCAGCAGUCGCUCCCCGUGCAGCCCGCCCAACCUUGGUGUGUGAGUGGUGCCGGCAGUGGGUUACUUCACGAGUAGGGAGUCCCUGGAGUUAAUGAAGGACACCACGUUGCUGAGGAUGACGAUAAGCCGUUGCACUUCACUAGUGUUGGCGCAGCAUUCUUGGAGGAAUUCAGUGCUCAAAACCCAACCAAACUCCUGUGGGAGUUUCCUCAGCCUUUGCAAUGGUGGCCAGAACUGGAUGUUCAGUUAUAAAAUAGUGCAGGGUAGGGGAGUACAGGAUAAAAAGCACAACAUGCAGUUAAAAUGCAAUUAGAAAACUAAUUUUAAAGAUUGUUAGUCUUAAUAUUCCUGAUAUUUACAAACAUUCAUUCUUAUGUAAAAUAACUUUCUUCUGUGGAAGUAAGCAUCUGGCUUUUAUAACAGCAACAGCAAAUAAGUUCAACCAAUACCGCCCAGGGGAGGGCUUAUCUUAACGGGGUAGCAACCGACCUGUUCUGUGCAGGUUAGGUCCCUUUGGCCUCUGCAUGCAACAGAGUGGAUUGGAAGUUACUCUGAUCUCUGCAGUUUUAAUGCCAACUGUGUUUGUGUCUGUCUGUGGGUCUCCGAGGCGAUUUCUCAGUGAGGUGACUUUGUGCUGUUGGCUGAGACCUGGAAGAGACCAUUCUGAACUACAAAUCCUGUCUUCUCUCCUCUGCUUCUUUCUGCUGCUUUUCUUGGUCAGUAGGUUGCUGGGUUUUGUUUUGAGGAUUGGAAUCUCCAUUAGAUUCAUCCCUUUCACACAGUAACAUCCACAGAACUCGUCAAACUUUUAAAAGGAGAGAAAAAAAAUGUGGGCAACAGUUGUCACCCAUGCUUCAGACCCUAUUUGGAAGUGUGUACACUGAGGGUCUCAGUGUGAAUUCCAAGGCUGGGCAGAGCCCUGGGAGCCUUGACUCGGGACCAUAGAUUUCCUUUCCCACCGCCCUAGAGCCUCCUGACGGUUCAGCUGAUUGCCUAGACUGCAAGCCUGUGCUUGAGGGAAGCUGGGACUCUGCAUGGCGUGAAGCCUCGCCUCGCCCUGUCAGAUGAAGAUUAGGGAGCACUUGUCCCAGUUAGGACCCCACUGGUGGUCAGGGUCCCCUCAGACACAAAAUGAGGUUAGCUAAUGAUGUCAUCAUUCCAAACCUUUCCUGCAGUUUUGGUAAAGUGGGUAGACCCACCUAUGGCUCCAGCUCGAAAUGCUUUUACAGUCCUUACUUUUCUACCUGCUGUAGGAAUGAGCUGUGGUCAGAAACUUGUCAAUUCCUUAGUCCCUUUGCCAGUAUAUGGACAUUUGCAGAUGUCCAUGGUAUUGGCAAAACAAUCAUUUAAUUCAAAUAAUUUUAAUUGGCCUUCAAAAGAGAGGUUCUUCCAUGCAGCCACCCUAGAGAAUUGCUCUUUAAGUUAAAUAGUUAUCUAAAGAUACAGACAUAGCAACCAUGACUUGAAUGGUCUUUGGGGCUGGGCCUUUGCAAUGAAUUAGUUUAUCAACCAAGGUCAUAAAUUGAAUUGAUAGUCAAUUUCCCUUCAGCACAGGGAAAAAGUGAUUUAGAUCAAUAGGUCUUUUGAAGGCCGUGGCUGCCCUAUUCAUCCUGUUACCUCCUUGCUGGCCUGGUGUGGAAAGAGGAGUGAUUGUGAAGACGCAACUUGCACAGUGGGGCCUAAUGUUCAAAAAGCCUAUGUGCCUAUGGAACCCAAGGGUCCAGUUUAGAAACCAGUGAUUCCGGCAAUCAAUGAUAGGUUUAUUAUUUCAGUAGAGUGUUAAAACAAACAAAGGAUUGCAUUGUUUGAAAGAACAGUGGGAACAACGGAUACUCCUGGGCAUCCUGUUGUGACUUUUGUCCAUUGUCCCAGGAACUUCCAGGAGUGUGAAACCCAAGGCAUGUUGAGUCCCAUUUAUAGGAACACAGUCUUCAGGCAUCUAUUUGCUUUUCAGAAAGUCUAGUUUCUUCAGACACUGAAGCAGUCCUUAGUACAAAAGAGAUUUCACUAAACAAGUUAUGCAUUUAAACAGUUGAUCUGUUCUUCAUGUCUCUGACCAAAAUUUAGUGUUAAGAAGGCUUGACAAGCAUACCCUCUAUCCUUCCACAUACACACAUGGACAGACAACCCACAAGACAUUUCAAGAUAGCAGAGGAGAAUAUUUAAAACUUACAAAGAUUUGUCUUGCAGACUGUACUUAAAUCCACUAAUUUUAGCUCAAACUUAUGGGAGAGGCAAUACGGGCCAACAGUAAACUGGGAGGCCUUCUAACACUGGCAUAGGAAUGUGGUACACAGAUGCAAGUUCCUAAAUAUCGCCAACUGAUCUUCUUCCCCUUUAUCUAUCUUCAUAAGAAUGAGAAAGGCUCAAAAGGCAAGCACUUUUAGAAACCUUCUCUGAUCUAGAAAAGUCCAUGCAAAUCCCUGCCAUCCACUCAGAACUGGUAGUUGCAUCCUGACAGGGGUGAUCCUGUAUCUUCCAUCCAAUUGCUCUUCUCGCUAGGAAGUCUCUUUCUUUAGGAAGAGUCCUGGUGUGGUGCCCUUCAGAUAACUGGUCCUUAGCACAGAGACACACCCCGCCCGGCCCCCGCCCCUCAAAAGGGUGCUGUUGGCCGCUCGAGGCUCCUGCGCCCUUCUGAACUGCAAUGUGGCCGAGGUGUGGGGCUGCUGACCCCGCAGUUCUGCUGGUCAGUGGCCUCCCGUCUUGUUGGCUGUGCUGCUGCUCACUUCUUGAGAUUUGCUUGCUACUUAGAACGGCAACAUUAACUGCAUGUUAAUUGGUAUGCCAUUCAUUCUUUUGUUCUUAAAAUUGCCAAAGCUCAGCAGUGUUUGAAGGAAAAAAGCUGGGAUACUUGGUUUUUGUUAACUUUUUGAUUUUUGUCUAACUAAAACUAGAAAUACGCCAGUGCUCGGCACCGAGCCUUUGUAUGGUGACAUAUCCCCAAGUCCACCUCCUCUCCCUCCACCAGUGUCCCCCGUCUUAGCUGAAGAGCAGGGACGCAGGCUUCCCUUCUGUCUGCGGUUGCCUCAAUUCCCAUGGCCUUGGCCAAUUUAGAUAAAAGAACGUGACUGGGUGACAAGUUGGCAAGUCUCCCCUCCUCAGUGUGAGGAACACUGUAUCUACUGGGGCACACUGAAGUCUCAGAUUUCACAUCAGAUCACAAGUGUUGGUCUCAGCAGCUUCGUGGCUCACCCAACUUUAUGGAUUCCAACAAGGCCCUGCAGCCAGCUGCCAGAACCCAUCUAGGGAUCAGAGGAAAGCACUCUCCUGCCUUGUAAUCCUGCAGCUUAAGAAGUUAUUUUACUACCCCAAGUGCUGCAUCUUUUUCAUAGUUUUUUAUAAUUUACUACCGGGUUAGAUUGUCAUUUGCUUGCUGCUGCUGCUGCUUUCCAGGUUCGCCGCAUUAGAAAGCCAGUGUGUGUGAGCAGGAAUGCCCAGCUAGGAAAGCACUGGCUUCCUUUCAUCCCUUCUUUCCUUCCUCAUGUGUUGUUUCUGUGUAAUGUGGUGGGGGUGGAGCUCUGAGAUUAUCAUACACUUUACACACAUAUUAUAUAGAGCCGUGACAUUUCAAAGAGCUCUGCAUGUCAGUAGUUUUUAAGCAACCAAGGUGUUUCAUGUCCUGAUUUCAGCAGACAGAGGCACCAAGUCCCCCCUCCACCGCACGCUGUGCCCCCACCUUUGUUGUGCCUACUCACAAUGGUGCUUUCUCAGUUGUCUGUCUUCUCAUGUUUUUAUUUGUAAGGUGCUGUAUAGAACUUGAAUAUAUUAUGCACAUAUCCUACCCAAUGGGUAGAACAAAAAAUUGUUAAUACUGUAGUAUAAUGUAUAGAUACCAAUUUUAACAGAAAUGGCAUAGCAUUUGUGAAUGCCUAUGUGCUCUGUCCUCUUUUGUAAGGAAAUUUGCAAAUGGAUGCAUACAGAUAAAAGUCUAUGUAGUUUAUUUUCCUAUUAAAUAUCAAUAUUAUAACAACACAAAGCAAAGAAGUCUGAACAAGCAAGCCACAGUUUAUGACCAGCGUCUGUAUAGCAACUGAGAGGUAUACCUUUGCUGUGAAAAUGUUUUUAAAAAAUAAUUUUAAAAAUCCCACCACUUUUUGGUUGCCACUAGAUGCUUCUUAUUUUAAUCUGUAUAGGAAUGCUCAGUUGGACCAGUGUUGUUAUAGUCAGAAAAAAAUGUUGAGUUUUCAAAUUGCUUUAUGAAAAGGUAUUAUCUCAUGUUGUAGAAUAACGAAGAUGUCAGAGCCCAGUGAAAAGUGCAUUUUGUUAAAAUUGCAAAAAUUAUGUCCAAGUAAAUGGGCCUGCGCAGAGGCCUCUGUUCAGUACAGAUGCAUUUAUGACCAUCUGUGUCCCUUUUUCUUUGACAAAUUGAAGCUGUAGAGCCAAUGAACUAACAGUCGAGUUUGUAAGGAAAGAAUACCUCAGGAAAAACGAAUCCACUUAAGACUCCAUUCUUAGAAAAAAUGUUUUGUUGUAGGUUAUAAUUAGCAGAGAACUGGCUAUCAGCCAAGGGGAGAAUCUUAUAUCCAUUCCUUUUGGUGUCAUGGUGAUCUUGACCCAAAAAACAAACUAGGUUUUGCCAUGUGUUAGGGAUUACGUUUUCAGUUGCACGUUAUGUCACACCUGUCUUAUGCAUCUGCUUCCAGCUCAGUUUUUAGUGUCUGAUUCCGACCUCUGCAUUUACCUUCAAAUAUUCUAAUAUUAUAAAAAGAAAAAGAAAAGCCUAUAAUGUGUUCACGAAAACCACUGUUGAAUCAUGGGUGUGGGCAUCCUUUGCAGUGUUGUCCAUAAAGGCAGUCAGUGAAAGUUUGCCCAUCUGACCCAUAUUUCCAGUUUAUUGUCACCAGAGAAUAUUAAUUCUAAUAAAUUUCAUGUUUUUUAUUCGCUCUCUGGUGUAUGUUCUGAUUUUGAAAAUCACAGUAGAAUCAUACCCUAAUUCUCCAUAAAACAAAUUACUAUUAUCCUUAAACUAAAAACACCUCUACAAUGCAACUCUUAAUGCUGAAUGGACUAUACGUCAGCCCUUCUGUUAACUGUUUCAAAAGGGCCAUGAAAAGAUAAUUAUCUUGUGUGUUCUGUGUCCCAUCCUGCCCCCACUGUCUGCUCCACUGUCUACCGCAGGGGCUUCCUCGUGAUUCAUUAAGAACCUAGGCUCAUUACUGUCAGAAACAAUACUCCCACCCCUCCAGGUUCAAUCUCUUGGGAGAACUAUUGAGCAUGAGUGUCAUCAGAGAAUGUUCUAGACUCAGAGGUACUAAAAUUUGUUACCACACCAUUGCUUCCUUUCUAUAGAACUAAUUGAGGCUUAGACUUUACUGUUAAUGAUACUGGUUCAUUUUAAUGUGCUUGUUGGUAUACUGCUAUUUUUCAUUUCAUGGCUUUCAAAAAUAACAUUUUCUAACUGUAUACUUGUCUAGUUUAAAGCUAUUUUAAAAUAUGUACAAUACUAUUCACAGCAUUUAGUUCAUUUAAUUUUUAUUAUAAAGCAGCCUACUAAAAAAGUACAACUGUAUUUGAACUUUUCAAUAGUUGUUUGUGAGCUAUGAUAAUCAAAAGUCAUUAGUCUUUUAACAGCCAUUUGUGCUUACUUUUCAACAUAAUUCCCAGUUAUAUACAGAAAAAGAUUUCCAACUGUCAUGUAUCUGCCUCUUUGAGCAAUGGUGAUGUAGUUCUUAGACCUAAGGUCUGUAAUUGCAAUACUUUUAAGGAAAGAUGUUGCUCUAAGCGCUGUUUGUUAGUUAUGAAAUCAGCUUUUUCUGCUUGUUCUUAAUGCUACGGUCAAACCAUAGCAUAAAAUCAUUAAAAAUAAUCAGUGAUAUA